GCCUCCUCGCCCAGCCUCCAGGCUCGGGCACACUCCCGGCCUCCCCCGCCGCCCCCGGGAGCAGGCUGGGCCCAAUGCGCGCGCUGUCUCCGCGCCCCCGCCCGCCGAUCGCUCGCUUGUUCGCUCGCUCGCACUCCCGGUAGUAAUUUCACUUUGCCACGCGAGCUCCGCAGCCCCUAGAAAUCCCGCCCCCCGGCCAGGUGCGCGAGCCUGCGCGCUCCUCCUCCGCCUCCUCCGGCGGGUCCCUGGCGCGCCGGGGCCGGGGCCCGGCUGGGGCGGCUGCGCGCACGGCGCCUCUCCACCAACCCGCUCCCCUGCAGGUCCCUCGCUUGGUCUCCAUCCCUCUCCGGCGCUCCCUCGCUCCCCCCCGCCCUUUGAUUGACAGGCAAGAUGUCGGUGUGGAGCGAGGCAGGAGCGAUUGCAGCAACCGUCACCCCCGGAGCCCGGCGGCGGCAGCAGCAGCAGCAGCAGCAGCGCGGGGAGGAGACAGCAGCCAGCCGCAGUAGCCGCCGCAGCCGCGGGAGCAAUGCAGACAGCACCUUGAGAACGCGCUAAAGCACUCCAAACCGUGGACCAUGCCGUGUCCCUGCAACUGGGAGGGGGGAAAACCAGAUUUUUUUUGACAUAAAAGCAAGCCAGCCAAAAAUAUAUAAUUUUGUCCUUCAAGGAGCCGGUGUGUAAAGAGUGAGCGCUAUUUGCCUUCUCCUCCUCCUCCUCUCCCUCCUCCUCCUCUCCCUCCUCCUCUCUCUCCUCCUUCUCCUCUUCUUUUUCCUCCUCCUCCUCCUCCCUAAGUGUACAGACAGCAUCACAUCACCUGGUUUGCUUCUGAGAAACAGCAUCUCUCCUUUUCAGGGACCAGAGACUCAGAGAGAGAGGAGACAUUCUAAUGGAGUCCGCUUGAUAUCCCAAAAUAAAAUAAUAAAUUUUGGCUCUUGUCCCCUCCUCCCACUCCCACCCCCUCAACCCUGUGUGAGAUGUUGGAUUUCUUCUUCAUGAGACAUUGUUGAGAAGUCGCAGUGGUUGGAGAGGCGGAGGGUAGACUACCUCUACUCCCCCCCCCCCCUUUUUUCUCUCUGGGAGGAGGAGGAGGGGAAGGGGGUUGCAGAGCAAGCGAUGGAUGAGGAAAACAUGACGAAAAGCGAGGAGCAGCAGCCUCUGAGUUUGCAAAAAGCCUUACAGCAGUGCGAACUGGUCCAAAACAUGAUAGACUUGAGCAUCUCCAACCUGGAAGGGCUUAGGACCAAAUGUGCUACCUCCAACGACCUCACACAAAAAGAAAUCCGGACCCUGGAGAGCAAGCUGGUGAAGUACUUCAGCCGGCAGCUGUCCUGCAAAAAGAAGGUAGCCUUGCAGGAGCGCAACGCGGAGCUGGACGGCUUCCCCCAGCUACGGCACUGGUUCCGAAUCGUCGAUGUGCGCAAGGAGGUCCUGGAGGAAAUCUCCCCCGGCCAGCUGAGCCUGGAGGACCUCUUGGAGAUGACGGAUGAACAGGUGUGCGAGACCGUGGAGAAAUACGGAGCCAACCGGGAGGAGUGUGCCCGCCUCAACGCCUCCCUCUCCUGCCUCAGGAAUGUCCACAUGUCAGGAGGCAACCUUUCCAAACAAGACUGGACCAUCCAGUGGCCCACCACAGAGACGGGGAAGGAGAACAAUCCCGUGUGCCCCCCGGAGCCCACCCCGUGGAUCCGCACCCAUCUCUCCCAGAGCCCCAGGGUCCAGUCCAAGUGCAUCCAGCACUAUUGUCACACCAGCCCCACUCCCGGGGCCCCUGUGUACACCCACGUGGACAGGCUUACCGUGGACGCCUACCCGGGCUUGUGCCCGCCCCCGCCACUGGAGUCGGGCCACCGUUCCCUGCCCCCAUCGCCCCGGCAGCGGCACGCGGUCCGCACCCCGCCGCGCACCCCCAACAUCGUCACCACCGUGACCCCGCCGGGCACGCCGCCCAUGAGGAAGAAGAACAAGCUGAAGCCCCCGGGAACCCCACCGCCCUCCUCCCGAAAACUGAUACACUUGAUCCCGGGAUUCACCGCGCUGCAUCGGAGCAAAUCCCACGAGUUCCAGCUGGGGCACCGCGUGGACGAGGCCCACACGCCCAAAGCCAAGAAGAAGAGCAAACCCUUGAACCUCAAGAUCCACAGCAGUGUAGGCAGCUGCGAGAACAUCCCCUCUCAGCAGCGCUCCCCGCUGCUGUCCGAGCGCUCCCUCCGCUCCUUCUUUGUGGGACACGCACCUUUCCUGCCUUCCACCCCUCCUGUUCACACUGAGGCCAACUUCUCUGCAAACACACUGUCAGUGCCACGCUGGUCCCCGCAGAUCCCUCGCAGAGAUCUCGGCAACUCCAUCAAGCACAGGUUUUCCACCAAGUACUGGAUGUCUCAGACGUGCACAGUCUGUGGGAAGGGGAUGCUUUUUGGCCUCAAGUGUAAAAACUGCAAGUUAAAGUGCCACAACAAAUGCACCAAAGAAGCCCCACCCUGUCAUCUUCUGAUCAUCCACCGAGGAGAUCCAGCAAGGUUAGUCCGGACAGAGUCCGUUCCGUGUGACAUCAACAACCCUCUACGGAAGCCACCUCGCUAUUCAGACCUGCACAUCAGUCAGACGCUCCCCAAAACCAACAAAAUCAACAAGGACCACAUCCCUGUCCCUUACCAGCCAGACUCCAGCAGCAACCCCUCCUCCACGACGUCCUCCACGCCCUCCUCGCCAGCACCCCCCCUCCCUCCUAGUGCCACGCCGCCUUCUCCCCUACACCCUUCCCCACAGUGCACACGGCAGCAGAAGAACUUCAACCUGCCAGCAUCCCACUACUACAAAUACAAGCAGCAGUUCAUCUUCCCAGAUGUGGUGCCGGUGCCGGAGACGCCGACCCGGGCGCCCCAGGUCAUCCUGCAUCCGGUGACCUCGAAUCCAAUCUUGGAAGGAAAUCCAUUACUUCAAAUUGAAGUGGAGCCAACGUCGGAGAAUGAAGAGGUCCAUGAUGAGGCCGAGGAGUCAGAGGAUGACUUCGAGGAGAUGAACCUGUCCCUCCUCUCGGCCCGGAGCUUCCCACGCAAGGCCAGCCAGACCAGCAUCUUCCUUCAGGAGUGGGACAUCCCCUUUGAGCAGCUGGAGAUCGGCGAGCUCAUUGGAAAGGGCCGCUUUGGGCAAGUGUACCACGGCCGCUGGCAUGGCGAGGUGGCCAUCCGGCUGAUUGACAUUGAGAGGGACAACGAGGACCAGCUCAAGGCCUUCAAGCGGGAGGUGAUGGCCUACAGGCAGACACGGCAUGAGAACGUGGUGCUUUUCAUGGGUGCCUGCAUGAGCCCGCCUCACCUGGCCAUCAUCACCAGCCUCUGUAAGGGACGGACGCUCUAUUCCGUUGUGAGGGAUGCCAAAAUCGUUUUGGAUGUCAACAAAACCAGGCAGAUUGCUCAAGAAAUUGUGAAGGGCAUGGGCUACCUCCACGCCAAGGGAAUCCUACACAAGGACCUCAAGUCAAAGAACGUCUUCUAUGACAAUGGCAAAGUGGUCAUCACGGACUUUGGACUCUUCAGCAUUUCUGGGGUGCUGCAGGCUGGCAGGCGGGAGGACAAACUGCGCAUCCAGAAUGGCUGGCUAUGCCACCUGGCACCAGAGAUCAUCCGCCAGCUGUCCCCCGACACAGAGGAGGAUAAGCUCCCCUUCUCCAAGCACUCUGACGUCUUUGCCCUUGGCACAAUCUGGUAUGAACUCCACGCCAGGGAAUGGCCUUUCAAGACCCAACCAGCAGAGGCAAUAAUCUGGCAAAUGGGCACAGGCAUGAAACCCAACCUCAGCCAGAUUGGCAUGGGAAAAGAAAUCUCGGACAUUCUUCUCUUCUGCUGGGCCUUUGAACAAGAAGAGAGACCUACCUUCACCAAGCUCAUGGACAUGCUGGAGAAACUGCCAAAGCGAAACCGUCGCCUGUCUCACCCUGGACAUUUCUGGAAGUCUGCAGAGCUGUGACCUUUGGACAUCGGGAUGGCGCCCAGCUGCCUGGGCUCCCGUCACCUCUCCCUCCCUACUCUGUCCUCUGCCAGCUCAGGAGGCCAGAGACUCAGCAUCAGAGGGUACCAACCCCGACCGACCUGGGAGCACUGGACAACAGCUCGGCGGCCUCCCUGCACCUCAGACUUGAGCCGUUUUCCUCGGGCAGGGUUGGGGACCCCCGAGCUAGGACUGAACCAGACAAGCCAGGGUGAUGCGUUAUUGAUCAGUGCGGCCCAGGGGACAGCACUAAUGAGAGCACUGCAGGCUGCACGUGGUGCCUUUGGGCUAUGGAACUAGGACAGGAGACCCCACGUGGGGGGGCUCACAGAUGGGGCUAUGUGUGUGUGUGUCUGUGUGUUUGACGUUGUUCACUCUUGUUUCCCCUUGACAAGCAAGAGCCAGACUGUCCCAAUGAUGGGGCACUCCUCAGUUCUGUCUGUGUGUGGUAGGUUCCAGCUGUGCCAUCUGGGAAGCUAAGAGGAGGGUACAGAGCCGAGUGGCAGCUUAGUCAAGGCUACUGAGCCAAGAUCGAGUAGGGAAGGUCGGGAGUGGCUAAGCUCGUUCCUUUGGAAAUAUCUGUUUUCAGACACCCCAACCCGAGCCUGUCAUGGCGUGUGGCACCUUUGCAUAGAGCUCUGAAGUACAGUAGGAAAGUUAGAACGUCUUUUGAGUUCUGGGUCUCUCUGGGGGACCUAUUCCCCCAUUUCUGCUGUUUUCUCCUGUUCUCUGAGAGUAGCAUCCCUUUUCACCUCACUGCCCGCACCUCCUUGCCAUUUGGAAAGCCAAGAUGACUUCUGAGGGGCUCCUUAGAGCUCACCGUCAUUCAGGGCACCCCCUGAAGUCUGGUCCCUGAGAAUCAGGGCUCUGGGCAGGGAGUUCUAGGACAUUCCUUUUCUUCCCUCUUCUCUGCUACUCACACCAGUGAAGCUUAUUCCCCCACCAAGGUGGAUGCGGGUCCUUGGGAUACGUCCAUGUUGGGUUAUGUGGUUGCACCUAUGAUAACACGUUUGCAAAAGAUUUCCCUGCCUGUCACCCUUGAGGAGUCCUGUUGGGGGAGCACAAAGGGAGGAUGUUUGUUACAGUUCUGCGUUCUUCGCUCUAGCCUGGUGCAGGGUCCUCAAGUAGCUUCCCCAUCGGAAGCCUGUGUCCCUCACCUGUGUGUGUUCCCUCAGUGCCCCACCUUCCCUCCCUCCUCUUGAUCCCAACCUGGGCUGGUGACUCUUCCUGACCGUGUUGGGGAGGCCCCUGGUGUUCUGUAGGAAGGAUGCCGAGAGCAGGCCGGGCAUGCAGAUGGGAGAGGAGAACCUCUGGGUCAUUUGCCCAUGUUUUCAAAGCCCUGACCCCCUGCAUGUGACCUGAUACAAAAGGGAAAUCUGUCCCCAAGCAGAGCAAUAGCAGGAUUAUCUGGGCAGUGAACAGGAAGCCCAGGGCGGCCACAGCCCCUCUGUGUUUCCUGGGUACUACCUGGGCCUUAGUUUUCUUGUAGCUACUAUCUAUCCAGGCAUCUCCCUCCUAGAGGGCCAGAGAGAGGAACUGGAACUUCAAAAAUCCAACCUGAUCUUACUUUCAAAAUCCAAAUAGACCUAUGAGGAUCUCUUCCCCACCUUGGGUGGCUCCCAGACUGGUUCAUGCUCUGGGGGCCAAACCUGCUUCCAAACCGGGAAGAAUGGUGAGACCAGUCACGCUUCCCAGGAGCCUGGCUACAGGAAACCCCUGUGUUUCCCAAAGGGCCCUCCUGAAUUGCCUUUCCAACACUCCCAGCUUACUGGGACUAGAGGACUAAAGACCCCGGCUUGGGCUGCUCCUAAGUGGACACUGCUCUUCUGGGGACAUCUAUGGCUCUUGGCUUGACGAUGUGUGUGUGUCUUGGAGGCAUUUUAUAUAUGUUUGCCUGAGCCCCAGCCACUCUGGGGUUGCUGGGGAUGGCUCUUGUCAAUGGACACCUCCCCAUCCCAACACAACACUCUGUGUCCCAGCCCUGGGCCUGGACUUGCACCUGUCUUGGCUCUGCCCAGCAGCCUACUGAGUGCCUGAAACCCAACCACUCACUUCUCUUCCAUCACACCAGGACUUCUUGGAUCCACGGGCUCCAGUCCUUGUCAUGUUCCCUUGUGCCAAGAGACAGGAUAUGAGGAAGGGAAGAGGCAGCCAGGGUCUACUACCCUGCAGCUGAAAUGUCCACAAGAACUGGCACCUUCUCACUCUUGCCUCUCUUGUUUCCAGAAUUAACUAAAAUGUCCAACCACAGCCUUUGGCAAGGCCUAGCAUGGUCUCCAACAGCUGAUUUUUCCAUUCAUUCAUGAGCACCAGUUUGGGAUUAAGGACAAGGCCUGAGUGAUCCAGGGGGAAAACCCAGCCCUUUGUGGAACAGGGUGCCUUGGGUCCAUCCCUGAAUCUGAGUCACUUGCUCUUGACUUCUCGAUCUUUCCCCACUUCGCUACUCUGUCCCCACCUGCAUUGGUCUCUGCUGCAGCCAGGCCAGGCUCCUGGCCUUCAGUGCCUUCCUGACACCCCUACCCUGUCCCCUCUACACCGCUCUGACUUGUUGAGAAACCAGCUUUAAUUUGCACACAUUUAAAUCCAGGAAGAACCAAACCGCUGCUUUCCCUGCUGGCUUCCAUCUUUAUUCACUGAUGAAGUUUUGGGAGGAGGUUAUAUUCAUCUUACGCAGGGAGGAAAAAAAAAGAGGAAAGAAGCUAUAUAUUUUUACAUCAUAAUUACCAUCCUCACCUGCAACUCAUUCUAUACAAUCCACACGACCAAGAUUUGUGUGUUUGCCCUUGUCCCAUCACAGCUGCACACAGGUGCCCUGUACACAUAAGUCACUGACUCAGCAGCGAGUUGUUCCAGUCAGUCUUGCUUUUAGCAAACCCUCAUAUACAUGUGCUUCCCAAGGGGACCAGUCCACAGGGUGAAGAUUCACCAGGAAGCCUUGGCUUUGCAGAGAGAAACAUCUCAGCUUUCUUUAAAGGGCAUGUGGAUUUGCACAUAAAUUUCACCCAACUCUUCCAGGAUACAGAUUGUUCAUAAAACCAAGGAGCUUCCUUCUUGGCCUCCUGUGGGAGGACAUGCCCCUUGUGUCCCCAUCCCCAGAGCCAAGCUGGAAACCCAAAGUCAUUGCUUAGAUCCAUUUUGUCCUGGUAUUCCUUUUACUGAUCAAAGAGAAAAUUUUCAUCUUGCCAUGGACCCCCCCAUCCUCACCCCAUCCACUUGUCUCCACAGCUACCUUGGAUUGUCAGUCAAUAGAAGCCCUUGACUGAUAUUGAUCACUAGACUUUUGUAUCCAGGGAACCUAGUUCUUCCCUUUUUCUCACCUCCCAUGCCAUAUACACACAUCAUGCCCCUCCCCACAAACAGACAAAACCAGCCUUAUCUCACCUUCCACCAUUCCCAUCCCCAUCUACAGCUGAUCAUCAAAGGCACACGGAGGAAGUAGUAGACACAGAGCUCAGGCCAAUCAUUAUCUUGAGAAAUCUAAACCCAGGGCUGGCAGGCUAUGCCCCAUAGGCCAUAUCCAGCCUGCCAAAUGGUUUUUACAUGUUUUAAUUGAGGAAAAAUCAAAAGAAUAAUAUUUCAUGACAUGAAAAUUCUAUAACAUUCAAAUUUCAUGUCAAUAAACAAAAUGUUAUUGGAGCACAGUCACCUCUCCAUUUACACAACCAUGGCUGCUCCUAUGCAACUGUGACAGAGCCGGCUAUUUGCAACAGAGACGAUGUGGCCCACACAGUCAAAAACAUUUACAAUCUGGCCCUUUCCUAACUUUGCUAGCCUUUGAUAGACAGGAUUGGAUAUGGCUGUCAGGGGAGGAACAGGAGCCUUUGAUAGAGAGGGUUGGAUAUGGCUCUCAGGGGAGGAACAGGAAGUUGGAGGGGGAGAGAACUUGUUUCGGCGGAAGAAGGCCAGCUUGCCCCAAGAUGCAGCGGGCUGCCUCAGGAAGUAGAGAACUCCCUGUCCUUGGAUAGGGUGGAGCAGAUGUUGACUGCUUGGCCUGUGUGAUAUGGAGGCAAUUCAGGCCCUGAAGGCUGGACCAACUCCCUGGACUUUAAAACUCUUCGUUUGCUAAGGGUGGCCAUAAUAACAAAAUGUCACACACUGAGUGGCUUAAACAACACGAAUUUAUUCCUCACAAUUCUUGAGGCUGGAAGUCCCAAGAUCAAGGUGUCAGCAGGGUUGGUUUCUGGUGAGGCCUCUUUCUUUGGCUUGCAGACAGCUGCCCUCUGAUCGUAAACUCACGUGGCCUUUCCUCUGCGACUGCACAUCCCCAGUAUCUCCUCCUCUUCUGAUAAGGACAACAAUCUUAUUAGAUUAGGGUUCCAACGCUCUGUGAUUUUAUUCCCAUCCCCGGCUUUCUUUCCCCACACUGGUUCUCAAUCUUGAGUCCCGAAAUAUGCCCUCCCUAUCCUCAUCCUGUGCCUACCUUCACUUCACCCAUCCAUCCCCUGCAGGCUGGUCUUGUUCCACUAUGCCACCAAAUCCCCAAGCCCCCCUCACCUCCGUGAGGCUCCUAGGACUGCUGCAGCAAACCACCACCCACUGGGGCCUAUAACAAUAGAUAUAUCAUCUCUCACCCAUCUGGAUGCCAGAAGUCCAAAAUCAAAGUGUUAGCAGGGCCAUGCUCCCCCUGAAAUCUGUAAGGGAAUCCUUCCUGGCGGCUUCUGAGCUCCUGGUGCUUUCCUGGUCAUCAUUGGCAUUCCUUGGCUUGCAGCUGUGUCAGUCCAAUCCCUGCCCUCAUCAUCUCUCUGUGUGUCCCUAUCUUCAUAUGGCCAUCUUCUUAUAAGGACACGAGUCACGUUGGAUUAAGGGCCCACCCUAUUUAAGUAUGACCUCAUCUUAACUAAUUAUAUCUGCAAAGACCCUCUCUCCAAAUGAAGUCUCAUUCUGAGGUACUAGGAAUGAGGGCUUCAACAUGUCUUUUUUUUUUUUUUUUUUUUUUUUCAGUUGGGGAAGGAUCUGGGGACACCACAACUCAUAACACCCUCUAAGACAUUUUCUCUUGUGCCUUGACUGGUCCUCCACUGUAGAACCCAGGUCCCCUUGAAGAUAGAUUCCCCAGAAUUCCUGGUCUACAAGGUCAGGCUGUUGCUGUCAUGCUUACCAAGCUUGCCCCAAUCAACACGUCCCAUCACUGAAUUCCAACAGCUCUGGAUCUCAGUUCUGUGGCUGUAUGGGAACAGCCUGUGUGUAAGUGGCUUGUCUGUAGCAGGACUGUCACUUGACCCCUGAAUGUGCCUCAUGACCCUAUCCAAAGCAGUUGGAGACACAGCAUUUGAUUUUAUCUAUACUCUUGUUCAUUGACAAAGGAGUGGAUUUUGAUGAGCUACAUUUUGCUGUUUCCUUUUUUGGCUUUGCCUGUGAUGUGGGGAAGUUCCUAGGCAGACUCAUGCGGCCACUGUCCCUGGCUCCCAGCCUCACCUCCUCCCGUACCACCUCACCCUCACCUGCACACACCUGCAAGGGAAUCACUUUGAACUCCAAGGGGAGUGACAGGCAGCAAAUGUCAGUCUGGGUCCUGGAAUGUGGAGCCACAGUGAACCUCUGUCCUCUCUGGUCAGUGCCUGACUAUGAUAUUAACCCAAAUCCCAGAUUCCCUUCUCAAGGCCCUGCAAUCCAUACCCAUUCUGUUACCAGUUUAAUUUUGAAACCAGUAGUGGGGCAGGAGGUUGAUGGAAAAUCUGCGGUCCCAGUGACCUCCUGGACUUGUCUUAGUAGUGCCUGGCACAUAGUAAGUGCUCGAGAAAUGUUUACAGAAUGCAGACAGAGAGGGUUGCUGGGUAAGAGUAAGACCCUGGCAUAGGGAGUUAGAAGGGCACCAUUGGCAGGGCUCGGUGGUAUUGGGAUUCCCCUUUGCCAGACCAUGUUGUGGGUGCCAUAUCAACCCCAAUGAGUUUGUUAGGUUUGUUGUUGUUGUUUAGAGUUAGAGUCUUGCUCUGUCACCCAGGCUGGAGUACAGCAUGAUCAUAGCUCACUGCAGCCUCGAACUCCUGGCCACAAGCAAUCCUCCCACCUUAGCCUCUCAAGUAGCUGGUACUACAGGUGCACACCAUCAUGCCUGGCUAAUUUUUUAUUUGUUGUACAGACAGGGUCUUGCUAUGUUGCCCACGCUGGUCUUGAACUCCUGGUCUCAAGCAAUCCCCCUGCUUCAGCCUCCCAAAGCACUGGGAUUACAGGGCUAAGCCAUUGUGCUGAGCCAGUUUGCCAGGUUUAAUAUCUGUGACGUAUGAAGCGACCCAUCGAGUCAGGUGGCCCAGGAUGUCUAGGAGGCAGAGUAACAAUCCACCCUGAACAGCCUUCAUUCACAGAGCACUUACUACAUGCCAGGCUGGAAUUCCUAUGAUGGUUUGGGGAGAUAGGUAGUCUUAUUCUCGUUUCAAUGGGGCAACUGUGGUACAGGGACAGAAACCAGCCUCCAAAUUGCAGACCCAGCAUUUUAAAAACGAGUCAUUGGGCUCAUCCAUUCCCAGGAACCCACCUCCAGGUCGAGGGGUUCAUGCCCAGCUGCUCAUGGGGAUGUUACAAUCCCAGCCUCUGAGACUUAUUGGCAACUUGGAACCAGGAAAGAGAGAGAGGAAAAGCAGGAAGUUGUGGAAGGGAGGGUGCAGGGGCUGGCAGGGACCAUACUGGGAGUUUGCACAGAAGCUUGCACUUAUGUUCUCAAACUGACAGGCUGCCAGCAGCAGCCCGGAUUUCCAGGAAAUGUACAUCUGGGUUGGCCGAGUCCCUCCUGGGUCCCUCCAGUAUCCCUGCUCCAGGCUUCCUAUCCCCUCCGUCUCUCCUGCUGGAUGUUGCACUGUGGUCCUGUGUUCCUGAGAGGCGUACAUCAGUGAGUGCUCUUCCCUCUCAGGGGUGGGAAAGGGCCCUUCCUUCCCACUCAUUGGGAUCAUGCAGCUCCCAUUUCCUAACACCAAGAACAUGAAGGAUUCAUCUCAUGGGGUUGAGAAUGGCUGUCCUCCUUCCACUGAGGACUGAGCUGGAGGAGAUGGACUCUGUCUAGAAUGUGCCUGAUCUAAAUAAGACCUUGUUUCCCAAGCAUGUCCCAUAGACCUUUCAUUCCAUGGAAAACUAGCUGGAUUUGCAUUAUUGAAAGGGUCCUGGGACAAGCAUGCAUUGGAAAUGCUUAGGUAAAAUGAAACUAAUUUCUUGAUUGCAGGACUUAUCAGAACUUUUAAGAUACUAUUGUGUGGUUGAAUCUCUAAAUGCCUGAUAGGAGGCUGUUCUUCCCAAGCUUUCCCAGGCUUGUUUCUGAAUCUCCAACAAGGUCAACCUCUGUGAAUGAGACUUGAUACCUUACAUGGUACUGAAGGAGGCAAUGUCAAUGUACUGGCCCACAGAAAAGAGCUGACCACUAGCAUUCAUAGACCCUGCUAGGAGAUGAGAAAGGUAGCUUAGACCCCGAUUCCAUCCGUGUGGACAGUGGUUCCAUGAACAAGAACACCACAUCUGGCUGAUGGUGUCUUCCAAUGGAGGGGUCAAAUUUGCUGUGUGUUGGUGGCUUCUCCAACAUACCAUAGCUUGGAGGCCAAUGUGAAAAGUAUAUAAGAUGUAACACCCUCAGAAGGGUUAAGUUUUCACCUGAGUUUUCAUCUUCAACCAAGUCAUUGGGAUGGUGAUCUAGAAGGACCUCUAAGAUCUAGAAGGAUAAAGAUCUGGUCCAAGGAGUACAAAUAUGUAAUGGAUCUACCACCAGUGUCCCCUCCUGUACUCUUGGCAGACAUCACUAAUCCAUCACAGCAUGCCUUCCCACUGAUCACAGAUGUAGCUUCAGGGCAUUCGAGUUACCACUUAAGAUGGAUAUGAGUGACGCUCCCUUAUCUCACUCUUCUCCUCCUUUCACAGAAGCAGGAUCUGAGGCCCAGAGAGGGAAGCUAUAAUAAACUCCCCUAAGUCAGGUCCCUUCUAAGAGGCAGAGGUAGGUUUAGAACUCAGGCCUCAGAAACUUCCAGAAGCCAAGCCAUUUGGGCUGUAGUUGGUGGACAGUCUAUCAGCGCUCUGCAGAUGUUUCUUCUCAGUUAGGGAACUUGGAAAAUGCAGAAAGAAAGAUUCUGUCUCUAAGGCUCUGUGUAUGAUCCUACUCGGUAAUCUGCCUGCUUGGAGAAAAAUCAUUUAUCUUCUGGGACGGCUUCACCACAAGGCCUGAAUGCUACGCCCAGUCUAGUAACAGCUGGGCUGGAAGUCAUGGCAUAUGGGGGCCUUAAGGAAUAACAGUGUGCAUGGUGGUGUGCAGGAGAGCUGCAAGGGCUUUUCUUUCUUGAGGAGGUUUGUAAAAUUUCUGCUGUUCAGUCUGGGCUUCUGGGAAGUUAGGGGGUGCUGCAUAUAAAGGGCAGGAAAAGGAGCCUGACUCCAAUUGCUCUUUGGUUUCUUCCCUGAAUGGAAGGCUCCAAAUCAAGUUUCCACCCAGAUAAGAUCUUGAGGUCCUAGUGGACCACCAGCUCUGCUCCUGAGCUCUUGAAAUACCUCUAAUCACCAGCUCAGUGGCUGAGAGUACCUUCUUGUCCACUGCCUCUUCUUUUCCUUCUCGUCUUCACUUAUCCCCCAUCCAACUUCUGCCCCAUAAUAUCUCCCCUGUAUUGUAAACUGAGGAGAAAGUUGCACAAUUGUAGAAAUGAAAAAUAGCUGCCAUGUAUUUAGCUUAAAUUAGCUCAGAAGAACGGCUCCCUCCCUCCAUUGAGCGGGCAGCACUUGUUUAUGCCAACAUGCUAUUUGCAUCGCGCCUUCUUAGAUUUGAAAGUCUAAUGAUUAAAAACAAAUCUUAGUUUUUCUUUUCCACCACUAAAAAAAAGAAAUCAGCUUGGCUAGUUCUUCUAGUUUAAAAAUACCCUGACCUCCAGCACUACAGUGAGAAUUUUGGAAAGGCUGGUACCAGGAUAUCAGGAGGAAAUAAAUACAGGCCAACAGUAACCAGAGGCCUUUUCUGAGUGGUGGGCGACAGGAUGAACAAGGUAGAAGAGAGGUCUUUGUGUCCUCACACAGAUGCUGGCAUUCUGGGUUUGUUUGGAAUUCAGUGAACCUCUGUCCUCUCUGACAGAGAUUUCUUCACCAACCAUUCAUUCAGUGGGUGAUUUGUUGAGCAUCUACUAUGUGUUAGACCCUGGGCAUUCAGUGAUGAGGGACACAAUGUCUCACCUGUUCUGAAGCCUAAAGCCCAAUGGGGAAGAGAGACAAGAAGCAAGCCAACCACAAAUAUAUAAAUUUGCAACUCAUGUAGAUCUAUGGAAAGAAAACUCACGGGGGACCAGCAACAUGGGAGAGGGUAUACUGUGGGAGAGCUGCUGGCAAAGGUCUUUCUGAGGAGGUGACAUUUAAGUCAAGAUCUGAAGGAGAAAGAGAUGUUCAUUCUAAGCCAGGGUUUCUCAACCUCAGUACUGUUGAGCUAUUUGGGGCCAGAUAAUUCUUUGAGGUGGCGACUGUCCUAGGCAUUGGAGGAUGUUAAGCAACUUCCUCAACUCUCCCCACAAGAUACCAGUAGCACCUGGUACUGGUGACAUCCAAAAACAUCCCCAGACACACCCUGACUUUGCUGUCUGGAAUCAAUCCUCGUAAAGCCCCAAGCCUUGGAGCACAGAGGCUGGAAGCCCAUAUGGUGGCAUGUCAGGCAUGGUGUCACCUGAGCUUCUCUGACCCCCACUUCUGAUAUGGCAUCCAAUUUGGAGUCUCUGUUCUCCAUGAGCUCCCAUAGCUAUUCCAUAUUCCACAAGGCAUUGCUUCUGGGCCACGGUCCUCUAGUUCCAGCAUAGCCCUAUUUUUGGGUACGUUGGUGGAUUUCAAAAGCCUCCAGUUGACAUCCAAAGUGUGACAUCCAAAACCAUCUCCAGACAUUGCCAGAUGUCCCCUGAGUUGUCUCCAGGCCACACGACUAGGAUUCAAAUCCAGCAUCCUGCCAUCUGCAACCUUCCAUGGGAGAAAGGAAAUCAGAGGAGAACAGGAAAACACAAGGAGGGGACUCCUUAAGUGAACAUUGCAGGGAAAUAGGUUUUUAAAGCACUAGUUAGCAUCGCCAGUGGUUUGAAGGCUGUCUAGGUAAGGAGAAGGUGGACUUGCCUUUCACCGUCUGCAUGGACAGGGGCUGAAAUCUCCAAUCAUUCUCUCCAUCCUUCCACAGCCCUUCUAAGAAGCAGAUCCUCUUGCUGAGCUGAAAUCUUGAGACUUGCAUCCGGCAGUCUUGGUGUUGCUUUCUGAGGCUACUCAGGGAAAGCCCUUCUGUAUUCCCCAGGAAGGAAAGUCUCCCAGAUAGUGAAGGGCCUUUUCUACCUUCCUUGCAAUUCCCAGUUCACUGUGAAGAAGAGAGCCAGGCCAGGUUAGAAUGGCUCUCUCUGGUAGCAAUGAAGCAACAACAUAGACAGUCUGGACAAGAUGUGGCAGUUCUGUCCAGUCCCGUGUGACUGAUUUGGGCAUGGAGACAGGCAGUGGGUGAGGAUGGCCUCUGUAGGUCCAGCUGUUUUACCCCUAGAAUUAAAUCCCUGGGGCUUCUGGCAGUCCUAGGAUUGGGAAGGGUAACAGAGAGGAAGAGUCGGGCACUGCAAAAGACCAGAUCUUGGAAAAUUGCUUUGGGAAUUGGGACACCUUCCAAGAAGACAAUUGAGUUAGCUGGGGCUCUGCCCCAGAUGGGGUCAACCUCUCCCCAACACAGCCCUGCCCAGGUUGGGGCAUUGGCAGCUUAAGUGCAUCCUGGACAAUUAAUGUAAUGUAUUGGUCCUGUAAGAUUCUAGCCAUUUUCCUCUGCUUAUUUUUCUAUAUGUGUUACAAGUAAUGAUUUUUAGUUGGGUACAUAUGAACUUGUGUAAGUUCAAGUAACUGCUAUGUAGCUACAGCAUGGGCAUCAAGGUACUCUAAGGUACUUGCCCUGCCACACCGAGGCCCCCUGCCCCGGCCCCCUUUCCCUCCUAGCCAGCCUUCUAGGGAGCACUGCACACCCUGCCCCUUCAAAGCUAUCUGGACAGUCCUGGCUCGACUGGACCAUUAAGGGAGGGGCUGUCCUUGGUCAGGCUUCUGCACAACUGUGAGAUGCAUAAAUCUUUGCCUGGCUCCUUCUUCCUUCUUUUCAGAAGUCUAUCUCCUCCUGAGGACCCCUGCGGAAUAUCAUAGAUUGUACUCCCCACCCCAUCAAAACACACCCUGACUUUGCUGUCUGGAAUCAAUCCUCAUAAGGCCCCAAGGCUUGGAGCACAGAGGCCAGAAGCCCAUAUGGUGGCAUGUCAGGCAUGGUGUCACAUGAGCUUCUCUGACUCCACUUCCAAGAUGGCAUCCAAUUUGGAGUCUCUGUUCUCCAUGAGCUCCCACAGCUGUCCCGUAUUCCACAAGGCACUGCUUCUGGGCCACGGUCUUCUAGUUUCCUCAUAGCCCUAUUUUUGGGUACAUUGGUGGAUUUCAAAUGCCUACAAUUGAGCAGCCAAAGGAUUCUAGAAAAUCUUGCUUGUAUUUCAAAGGCUUAUGUCCCCAGCCCCAUUCACUACACCCUCAGCAGAGCCCAGCAUGGAGCAGCCUUGUCCCUUCAUUCCCCAAAUCUUCAUUUUAUAUAGUCAUUUAGUAAAUAUUUGUUAAGUGCCUCCUGUGAUUCUGGAAAAAAUGGAGAAAAGUGGGUGCUGCCUUCAGGGUACUAGGAGUCCGAUGAAGAGAGGGAGGAGUUCCAGUAGGGUCCCGAGGCCCCAGAGGAGCUCCCAACCCAGAAAAAGACCCUCCAGGAAGGAUUCUCAGAGGAGGAGACUUCUGAACCCUGUCUUGAAAUUUGAGUAGAAUGGUAGGGAACGGUGUGUCAGACAGAAGGAACAGCCUAUGUGUGGACUCAGAGGCAAGAUCAUGAUUUAUUGAGGGUAACUGCAAGUGGCUAAAAUCCUGCCCCCUGGCACUUGCCUGCCUUUCCCUGCUUUCCCCAAAGCCUGAUUUUGGGACCCUGGAGUCUCCAUCUCCAAACAGAGGGUGUCCUGGCUCAGAUGUGGAGACCUUGACUUCUUUCCCCAGCAUGCUCUGGUUCCUACUGUUAGCCUUGGUGUCCUGUGGGGGAAGAUGUCUGAGGAGAGUUUUGUGCUUGCUGGAGUCAGACCAGUACUCAGGCCACCUCAGGCCUGCUCUGCAUCCCUCUCUGGCUCUACAGACCUCUCUCUCUCUCCCUCUGUCUGUCUGUCUCUGUGUCUGUCUCUGUCUCUGCCUGCCUCCACACAGUGAAGGAUGUGUCUCUAUUUCUUAGUGCGCUGCAUUGGGUCCUGAAGUCCAUGGGCAUCUUGGCUAUAGAUGGGUUGGCCAUGAGCCCUUCUCUCUAAUGCAUUUUCAUUCCUGUUCCUCUUUUGCUUCACUUUCCCUCUAUCAACUCUUGCGACCUGUGUCUCUGAUGUCUCUGGGGCACCCAGUUCUGUCUUGCCAUACCAAAAAACCUUCUUCAGCAAAAAACCUCUUCCUGGGACAGUUCAUAUCACUCUAUGAAUAGGCCCCUGAAGUGUUGAGGUCAAGGACAUGUGUGAACGUGGAAAUGUAUUUAUGGAAAGACCCUACACUGAGGGUCUCUAACUAAACAUUUCAGGUAUGAUGGGCAAAAUGCUGGUUUGUUACAGAAAUGACUGAAGAAGACCUAGGGGCCAUAGUGGGCCACAGGCCAAGCCUGCAAUACAGCCUGAAGUGUGGGAAAGAAUGUAUCAGUCCUGUUGAUGGAAUGGUGUGUUUGCUGUCCCUAUAAAUAUAUGUCAGGGUUUGAAAGACAGAAAACAAAGCAUCUUUGCUGACCGCCAGACUCCCAGGGUAUAUGUGGCUACUGCAAAUUAGCGAGGCUUGUUUAUCUGCUUCAACUUGACUCAAUUUGCAUUUCUUGAGCCACUGUCUGUUGUGGAUAAUGAUUUCAUCAACACUUUCUCAGCAUCAGCAGCCGCUCCAGAGUAUUCCUUGAAUUUUCUUAGCUUUGUGCAACCCACGAGCACUUCAUAUAUCACUAACCCUUGAGUUUAUUGGAGGGAGUGAAUGAAAUAAUGAAUGUCAAUAACGUUACACAAUACCUGGCACACAGUAGGUGCUUUAUCAAUGUGGCUUUUCUUCUCAAUCACCCAAAUGAACUUCCCCCAGAAUCCCACCUCUAGUGGGACAUUCCUGAAAAAUAAGGGACUAGAAUAGCGAGGUGGUGGGUGUUACCCAUUUAUUUAGAUAUUUGUGUCCUGGUGAACAUGGGGAGGGAUGCCCAAGUGUCAUAAGGACAUCCCCUAACCCCGUCUACAAGGCAGAGGUCUCUUAGGAUGUGAGAGAGUCUCUGGCAAGACCAGCCCCCACCCCACCAAGGUCCUCAUAGAAACAGAACAUUCUUCCUCCAGAUCCCAAAGCACAAGUUGACUGGGGCAGAUAAGGCAAGUCACGUUACAUCUGUGCCCUUGACCAUACCUGGACCAGGCAGAGAAGAUCCCAGACUUAGGUGGUCAACGUUUCCACCCCAAGCCUCUCAUUUCUCGCUCUCUCUGAGACUUGAUCUUGUACCAGGAUCCACUCCACAGACUUAACGCAUGAUUAAUUUGAUCGAUUACUCUUGAAGUUACUGACCUUAGGAAAAUUCCUCAAUUGUAAAAAGGCUUUCUCUAUAUGUAAAUUAUGCUGUUAUCUUUUUCUAUACACAAAGUAUAUAGACCUAUAAAUAUUAUACAUAUAUAUUAUAUAUAUAAAGACUAAUUCUUGUACAGACCAACGCGGACCGAUGGUCCAUAUUCUUUUCUCCAUGUUUGUUUGUGUCGACUGUUGCAGAGUGAGUUGAUGUAAGAAGGUGGUUUCAUGUUUUCUUUUUUGGGGCCACUUCUUUCUUUUCCUUUCCGUUCCUAUCUCUGUCUGUCUCCGUCUCUGUCUCUCUCUUUCUCACUUGUUGCCAAUGUCUUGUUGCUGAGAAAGAACACUCUAUUCAGAUGCCAUCCAGGAAAGAAAGGCCAGAUGGAUGGAGGGUCCACUGUGUAUAUUUGUACAGAAUCAUUUAUAAAGUUUUCUACACUUCUAAAAAAAGUAUUUCUAACUUGGGCUGUUGGACAGUUUGUGUGCCUCUGAGCCGGCAAGCCUGUUGUUUCUUGUGUUUAGUGCAAUGUUUAGUGAGAAACCAAUGUCUGAAUUAUUUAUGCCAAUAAAAAAUUUGAGAAUUACUGCAUUGCACUACCGCCAA